AUGGAGGCCACUGAAGAAAGCCCAGCAGAGACCCAAAGCCCUGCUCAGGGCACCUCAAUUGAGUCGAAUAGUUACAAUGCUACAGAUAAAGUUCUUGUCUCACUAGAGGGCAAGAGGAAGCAGAAAGGGUACUUGCCAACUGAGUCUGUGAAGAUCCUCCGUGACUGGCUGUAUGAGCACCGGUUUAAGGCCUACCCUUCAGAGGUAGAGAAGCGAAUGCUGGCAGAGCAGACCAAUUUGUCUUUCAUGCAGAUCUCUAACUGGUUCAUCAACGCCCGCAGACGCAUUCUUCCGGAAAUGCUUCAACAGGUUGGAAGUGACCCCAACCAGAUCACUGUGUACAACCAAAAAGGCAAGGCUGCCAAUGUGACCCGCCAGCAGAGCACCCAUCUACUUCCCAAGACCAAGUCAGGGCCCAGAGGUCGAGACAAGAUACAGUGCCUGCCCCUGAGCUCCCCGCCAAUGAGUCAGGAGGCAGAGGAGAAGCUGCCAGUUCUAGAGUUGGUCCCAGGCCAGAAGUUCACCCCUAAAGCCUUGUCAGAUGAAAAGGUUGACUUUUUCACCAGUGGGCCCUUGCUUACAUCUUCUCCUGAACCUGUGGCGACAGAGGAGUACAAGGACUUCAGCAGCUUCCAGCUGCUGGUGGAUGCAGCUGUAAAAAAGGCUGCCGAACGGGAGCUACAGAAAAAGCAAGAGCCCAACCUAUGA